UUCCGGAGCAGCGCCCGUGGCCUUCUUUCCGAAUUUGUCUCGCAGCGGAAGUAGGCCGGCGGCUUUUGGUAGAGGAAGACGAAGCUGCAGCCGGUAUCAAGAUGGCAGGAGCGGAUGGAGAUGACUCGCUGUAUCCGAUUGCUGUGCUCAUCGAUGAGCUGAGGAAUGAGGACGUGCAGCUGCGUCUCAACAGCAUCAAGAAGCUGUCCACUAUAGCCUUGGCUUUGGGAGUGGAAAGGACCAGGACAGAGCUUCUGCCGUUCCUCACUGAUACCAUAUACGAUGAAGACGAGGUCCUGUUGGCUCUUGCGGAGCAGCUCGGUAGCUUCACCACACUUGUGGGAGGUCCAGAAUUUGUCCACUGCCUACUGCCACCCCUUGAAAGCUUGGCCACUGUUGAAGAGACUGUCGUUCGAGACAAAGCUGUGGAGUCCUUGCGGAAGAUCUCUCAUGAGCAUUCUCCUGUUGAUCUUGAAGCUCACUUUGUGCCUCUGGUGAAGCGUCUAGCCAGCGGCGACUGGUUUACGUCUCGCACGUCUGCAUGUGGACUCUUCAGCGUGUGCUAUCCCCGGGUGUCUAGCACUGUGAAAGCAGAGAUAAGACAACACUUCCGUAAUCUGUGCUCCGAUGACACCCCUAUGGUACGUCGUGCUGCCGCUUCCAAGCUGGGCGAGUUUGCAAAAGUACUUGAGCUAGAAUAUGUGAAAAAUGACAUCAUUCCUCUCUUCACAAACUUGGCUUCAGAUGAACAGGACUCUGUACGUCUGCUGGCAGUGGAAGCCUGUGUCAGCAUCGCGCAGCUGCUUCCUGAAGAGGAUCUGGAAGCUCUGGUUAUGCCGACUCUGCGUCAGGCAACAGAGGACAAAUCCUGGCGUGUCCGCUAUAUGGUCGCUGACAAGUUUUCAGAACUUCAGAAAGCUGUUGGUCCAGAGAUCACAAAAAAUGACCUUGUUCCUGCCUUCCAAAACUUGCUUAAGGAUUGUGAAGCAGAGGUGCGUGCUGCGGGAGCCCAUAAAGUUAAAGAGUUUUGUGAGAAUUUGCCAGCUGACGGAAGAGAGGCCAUCAUUAUGAACCACAUUCUGCCCUAUGUGAAGGAGCUUGUUUCGGACACCAACCAGCAUGUGAAAUCUGCCCUGGCCUCUGUAAUUAUGGGAUUAUCCACCAUUCUAGGCAAAGAUAAUACAAUAGAACAUCUCCUACCUCUGUUCCUGGCUCAGCUCAAAGAUGAGCAGUGUCCCGAAGUGCGCCUGAACAUCAUAUCUAACCUUGACUGUGUGAACGAGGUUAUUGGAAUACGUCAGCUCUCUCAGUCCCUCCUUCCUGCCAUUGUGGAACUGGCUGAAGAUACAAAAUGGCGGGUGCGACUGGCCAUCAUAGAGUACAUGCCACUCCUUGCCGGCCAGCUGGGUGUGGAAUUUUUUGAUGAAAAGCUCAAUUCCUUGUGCAUGGCUUGGCUUGUUGACCAUGUCUAUGCCAUCCGGGAGGCUGCCACCAAUAAUCUUAUGAAGCUGGUGGAAAAGUUUGGUGCGGAGUGGGCCCAGAACACCAUAGUUCCUAAGGUUUUGGCCAUGGCAAAUGACCCCAAUUAUCUUCACAGAAUGACAACACUUUUCUGUGUGAAUGCCUUGUCUGAAACAUGUGGAAAAGACAUCACCACCAAACUGAUGCUGCCUAUUGUACUGAAAAUGGCUGCUGACCAGGUGGCAAAUGUACGUUUCAAUGUAGCAAAGUCUCUGCAGAAGAUAGGACCUGUGUUGGACAGCACCACAUUGCAGUCUGAUGUCAAACCUGUACUGCAGAAGCUUGGCCAGGAUGAGGACAUGGAUGUGAAGUACUUCGCCCAGGAGGCGCUGACCGUUCUUGCCCUGGCGUAAGGAAGAUGCUGACCACCGACUCCCCCAUUGUUCAGUAUGUGUAGUAGAAUGAUUGUUUUGAAACUGCGGAACAACCUUUCAAAACCUCACUGAUACAGAUGGCAACUACUGUUGGAAGACCACAUUCCCUCACAUGUGCCUCUUCUAAAAGACUUUUGUGUUUAGUUUUGUUUUGUUUUUUAACAUUAUUUAUGCAUUUCUUGGACCAUGCAGUUAUUUCUUUUUGCUUCUUAAAGGAAGUCUUGUUACGAAACUGGUGGUGGUCAACACGCCAACUAGGUUUUAAUUUUAGGUGACGACAAUAAAAGACUUUGGGGACCCUCAA